AUGGAGCAAACAAUAAGACAAGCUAUUUAUUUUUUCGUAGCUGCUUUCAUUGCAAGCUGCUCUGCUCAACUGGCAGAUGUAUCAUAUCCUUGCAGAUGUCCUGCUCUACCGCAAGAUCCAAUAGAGUCAAGGGAAUUCAUCUUGAACGACACGGAAGCAUUGAUUCCGUCACAGCGUGGAUAUCCUAGUAGUUGUCCUACUUUUGAUGGACGUUUCACAAUUACAGCGCAAUAUCCCAAGUUGCCUCCUUUCCAGAUCUUUUGUGAUUCUACUGUAGCUGGGCCUGGUUGGUUGGUGGUUGCGCGUCGCUUUGAUGGAAGUGUGAACUUCUUUCGCAACUGGACUCUAUACAAGGACGGUUUCGGGGCUCUGAGUGGCGAGUUUUUCAUCGGCUUGGAUAAGUUACAUGCCAUCACCGCCAGUCAGCAGCAUGAGUUAUAUGUUUAUCUGGAAGAUUUCAACGGUCAGAGUAGAUAUGCGUUCUACGAUAAUUUUGCAAUCAGCUCAGAAAAGAAAUUUUAUGAAUUACAAAAGCUGGGAAGCUAUACUGGCGAUGCAGGUGAUUCGCUAAAACCGCAGUUAAAUAUGAAAUUCUCAACAUUCGACAAUGAUCACAGUACAAUAAAAGGCAGCACAUGUGCAAGUGAAAGAACAGGAGCAUGGUGGUAUAGUGAUUGUACUUACAGCAAUCUCUUCGGCUUAUAUCUGAACGGUCCGAUUUAAAAAUCGCUUUACUUAAGAGACAUUACUUGGCAUGCCUGGCGUGACGGUGAAUAUUCAUAUAAAACUGUGCUGAUGAUGGUGCGACCAACUUGCAUUAAGUAAGAGUUUGAUGAUCCGGAGCUAUUGAGAUGGC